AUGGUUCGCAGAAGAUCAUUGUCUAGAAGCGAAGUUGCUAAGAAGAUCAGCAAAAAGCGUGCAUCCAUAGGAAGAGAUGCAGAAUUACCUGUACCUGCUUCAAGCAGUAAAAAAGCCAACAAAAAAACUAAACCUCAAGUUCUGGACAUUGUUGAGUCAGAGGGAGAGGAAGAGAAUGUUAACACCACUUUCGAAGUGAAAUCCAGUGCUAAAAAAGCGAAGUUGGAUUCCGUUCCACCCGAGGAUCCUGACAGUGAAGAAGUUGAGGAGGUUGAGGAGCCUAUUGAACAGGUUGAGCCCGUUGAGCCCGUAGAAGUAGUGGAAAAACCUGAGAAGACUGUCAAAAAAACGGUCAAGAAAUCUGUUCCUGCGAAAGCUGUGGGAGAAUCUAAGAAGCCAAAAAGUGCUCUAUCUACCGAAGAAAUUCGCAAGUCCACUAGAGUCAAAAUGCCAAUUGAGUACUACAAAGCUUCGUUGCCAAUUAUUGGGAAAAAGAAGCGUAAAGCUCCGUCGGCCAAAGAGACUAUGGGUGAGAGCCCUAAAAAGUCAAAGAAGUCUGCUGAAGAUGUUAAAGCGGUGAAAAAGCGUACUUCCAAGAAGACUGCUAAUAAGAAAAAUACCGAAGAGGCAGAAGUAUCAGCUGAGACCAAUGACGAGUCGACCGAGAUGGAAGAAGGAUCUCCGGAAGAGGGAUCUCCUGUCAAGAAAACUACUAAGAAAACUCCAGCUAAGAAAGCCCCUGCAGUGAAACAGGCUGUGGUCAAGGCAAAGAAAGUUACUGAAGUCAAAGAGAAGAAAGCUGAAGCCAAAGAGAAGAAAGCUGAUUCGAAGAAGGAGACUGUAGCCAAGAAAGAGAAGACAGUUUCUAAGAAAGAGGAUAAGACACCUCAAAAAAAGAAUGCUGACAAGCAAAAAAAACAAGUAAGCGAAGCUGAAAACGAGGUCGCAAAGAAGCGCGGUGCUCCUAAAAAGAAAACGUCGUAA